UGACGUGAUUUGUCGUACGAAUCCCCGAUUGGCGCAGUUUAACUGGGACAUCGCAAUCAAAUAGAAACCAUUCCUAUUUUCCCGAUAUUUACGAAUCUGACGCAGAUUAUAUCGGGGAUCUCGUAUUUGCCAUGUUCAUCAAUUCAUUACUAGGAUGGUCGCAUAUGAUGCUACAAUACGGUUUUCGCGACUCUUACGACUAGUGUGAACCAGGCUUUACUAUAAAUCUACGGUAAUUACUAUAUAUCUACGGUAAUUACCAUUCAGGUCCGUGGCUGUAAAAUAUAAUUAAUGUGAGGAGAUUUCCCCAAAUUCCAUCAUUUUUCCCAUCCAGGUAAUUUAUACAGGUCAGUAGUGGAAACACCAAUGUAAAUAAAUGGCGAGUUUUUUGAAUAUUAGUUCGUAGAAGAAGAGGUUUAAAUAUUUAUCGAAGUUGUUCAAGCAUCACAUUGGCGAUGUUAGGUGUAAGAUACUUGCAGUUGACGUUAGCAAUUUUAAAACCAGACUUAAUCUCGCAUCCUGUUCAUCUAAAGCUUGUUAUGGAAAAAAUACUGAAAGAAAAUUUCUUCAUUGUGCAUUGGAAACUAGUGCAAUGGAGUAGAGAAGAUGCCGAAAGAUUCUAUCAAGAACACAGAGACAAGUUUUUCUUUCAACGUUUGACAUCUUACAUGAGCAGUGAUUUGAUUAUGCCAAUGGUAAUGGCUAGAGUUGAUGCUAUUCAACAUUGGAGAAAAUUAAUGGGACCAACAAAAGCGACAAUGGCAAAGUUCUCUCAUCCUGACAGCAUUCGUGGAUUAUACGGUAUCACAGAUACAAGAAAUGCCACUCAUGGUGCAGAUUCUGUGGAAACUGCUAAGAGGGAGAUCGAGUUUUUCUUUCCGGAGUUCAAAUAUGAUGAAUGGUUGGAGAAAAAUGAGGAAAAAAUUCAAAAUGGACAAAUUAUUUAUGAUGAAGUAUCGAAAACACACAAAGUUCUCGAGUGACUUGAUGUUCAAUGUAAAAGAUUAUUUUGUGAUGGUAUUGAUGAUUUUAUGGAGAAAAGUGGAUAUUUUAACAGCAAAUGGAUGACAGAAAAGCUCAAAGUAAACUCAGACUCAGAUCUAAGUGGAUAUUCAAGGAUAGUGCAGUCCUCCGAAGGAUUCUUGCUGUUGGUGUUGAUCUACAUCAUUAGCAAUGGUCAUUUUCAGAGUCAAAUAAUUAGUAAAUGUCAGUUACAUUGUAUUUGUUGUCUGGUUCAUACAUCCCAAGUGUGAAGAUGACUAAUGCUAUGAAUGUGAGUCCAUCAACGCUACGUAAAACCGCCAGUCCUUCCCAGGACUUUACUAACCUGCGCGAUCUACAUUUACAAACAUGACUAAUGCUAUGAAUGUGAGUCCAUCAACGCUACGUAAAACCGCCAGUCCUUCCCAGGACUUUACUAAACUGCGCAAUCUACAUCUACAAACAUGACUAAUGCUAUGAAUGUGAGUCCAUCAAUACUACGUAAAAUCGCCAGUCCUUCCCAGGACUUUACUAACCUGCGCGAUCUACAUCUACAAACGUGUAAUGAUACUCUGACUUCAAACCAUUUACUGUAGUAGCUACAUUAUCUUUCAAAGAAUUCAUUUCUAUUUCUCCUGAAACAAUACAAGUGAUUUCGACCACGCUUAAUUGGGAGACAAUGGAGGACAGUGGAGGGUUGCUAAUUACGUACGAAGCAUGAAGACUAAGACAAAGUUUGUGUCUUUAAGUGUAUACAUAUUCCUCCCAAUAAGUUCACUGUAGGAUGAAAUAAGUUCACUGUAGGAUGAAAUAAGUUCACUGUAGGAUGAAAUAAGUUCACUGUAGGAUGAAAUAAGUUCACUGUAGGAUGAAAUAAGUUCACUGUAGGAUGAAAUAAGUUCACUGUAGGAUAAAAUAUG